AUGGCAUAACAAAAAAAGGAUGAGGAAGAAAUCAAAGUAAAAUCAUAGAUUUAUUCUAGACUUAUAAAAUGAUUGAGGGUGAUUAUUCUGUUCAAAUUAGAGUACUAGAAGCUAAUGAUCUCAUACCGACGUAUGUUAUGUAUCAAUAUUCUUUAGUAUAUCUGGGUUUGCAGGUAUUGGACUGCUUUCCUCUAAAGGCACUGCUUGUAAUGCAUUCAUAGAAUUGACAGUAUGUGGCUAAGUGAAACGAACUAAAGUUGUUAAGAAUCAAUUAAGUCCUAUUUUCAAUUAGCUAAUCUCAUUCAAAUUAAAUGAUAUGAAAAAGGCUUAAUUGUCAUCAGCUACAAUUACUGUGGCUGCAAUUGAUCGUAAAAAUGCACUCUUAGGAAAUAAAAUAAUUGGAUCAUAUGAACUAGAUCUAAGUAGUGUGUAUUUCAGUUUACAUCAUGAAUUAUAUCGAACUUAUCUAGCUCUCUCAGAUCCAACAGAUGAAAGAGAAGGGACAAUGGGAUAUGUUUUAUGUAAUAUAAUGGUAUUAGGACCUAAUGAUGAACCAUUUGUACAUGAUGUGGCCACUGAAAAAAAAGCAGAUGCUACUAAAGGAGCAACAUUAACUCCUAAAAAAAUACAAUAAUGGCCUCAUUGUAUUCGAAUUAACUUGCUUAAAGGAGAACAUAUGGUUCCAUUGGAUAUGACAGCAGCUGAAAUUGAUGCAUAUGUAGUUGUUAAAUAUGGUGGUUCAAAAAUCAAAUCAAAAGUUGUAACCAGUCGUAAUCCUGAAUGGUAUCAGCAAUUAAAUUUGGCUUGUAUGUUACCUAAUUAAAGCAAAUUUGUGGAUAUCAGUGUUUAUGAUUAUGAUCUUCUUGGAGAUGAUGAUUUAGUAGGAACCUUCUAACUUCCAUUCAAAUCCAUUCCAGAAUAUGAAUCACAACCAAUGUGGAUCAAUUUGUAUGGUGCUCCUUUACGUGGGGAAUCUAAAAAAGCUGAUAUGAUGAAUCUAUAUGGUAUGACGACAGGAUCUCAUUACAGAGGAAGAAUUUGUUUUACUAUUUGUCGUUUUGAUUAAAGAGAUGCGAAAACAUACAAAGAAGAUUUAAUCUAUAGAUUUCCAGAAAACCCUAUGCCAGUAUCUGAACAAAAAGGAUAUAUACUGAGAGUUGAUUUACUUGAAGGACAUGAAUUUCCAAUAAGAAAAUAAUCCAUUAUUCAAGUUAAAAUGGGACCAUAUCUAUUAGUCAGUCAACCUGCUACUAUUUAAGAUGGAUCAUGUAUGUUCUAUGAAAAUCUACCAGACAAGAAGGUAUUAUUCCCAAAAAACAUAAAUGAAAUACCAGAUAUAAUCAUUUAUAUGGCAGAUGAUAAUAUAGAGGAUCGUAGACAUAGUUUUAUUCGUUUGAAACCUAAAGAUCUUUUGGAUACACCUCUUCAUCCUCAAAUUUUUAAAAUGACUGAAGAUAGAUCAUUAGAUUUGGUAAAAGAUGAUGAAUUUCCAGGAUUUCUAUUUGCUAAUGUUUAAUUAAUGAGUAAUAUGCCUGGAAUCAGGAAACCAUAUAAACCAAAUGCUUAAUUAAAAUUAGAUUAUUAAUUGAGAGUUUAUUUGUAUUUAGGGAGAAAUUUUCCACCUGCAGAUGCUACUGGUACUUCAGAUCCCUUAGUAAAGAUAAGAUGUGCAGGAUAAAUUGUAUAAUCAAAGGCUUGUUCAUAAACAUUAAAUCCUGGUUGGUAUGAAACUCUAAAAUUGAAUGUGAAAUUAUAUCCAUUUGAUAAAGAAGUAAUAGUACCUUCAGGGAUGUUUGUAAUGGUUUUUGAUUAGGAUUUAGAUGAAGAUAAUAAAGCUUCAUAUGAUUUGAUAGGGAGAAUAUGGAUUACAUUGGAACCCUAGAAGAUGUAAUUUUAAACAGAAAGUGAGAUUGUUGAUAUGUUUUACAGAAAACCAAAAUGGUAUAAUAUAAGGUAUGAUGCCACAGAUGAAGUAUAAGGUUAAAUACUUUUAGCAUAUUCAAUAAUACCUAAAGAGAAGGCUCAUCUUAUACCUGAUGAGAGUAUCUAUCCUAAUUGUGCAAAACAAGAUCUCAAUCUAUUUUGUAUUGGGCUACGUAAUUUUGAAGAUAUAGUUUAAAAUAUUACACCAAGUAAUGUUUCAAUUUCAUUUGAUAUCAGUGGUGAUGAUUAUGAUCCAAUUUACACUGAUUAUAAGAAAGUGAAGGAAAAGGGUGUAAAUAUCAAUAGAUUAAUACCUAUUACUGUAGAUGUACCUAAGAAUUAGCAUUUUUCACCUGUUAUUGAUUGUUAUGUAUGGAAUCAAGAAUUGCCAGACAAACCUAAACUAUUGGGUGUUUAAACCAUUUAAUUAUCUAGGAUAUUAGCAGAAUAUUAUACUAAAUUAAAAUUGAAGCCAGGAGAGUAGAUGCCAGUUGAAUUUGAUGAGUCUGAUGAAGAAGAAAAUGAAUUAAUGAAGAAAUUAGAAGAAAAGUAAAAACCUCUUACUCUAGCAUAAAUUAAGGAAGCUAAUGCUAAUGAAGAAGAUGAACCAUUUGAUCUUGAAAAAAUUGAUUUAAAUAUUCCAUAAGAAUUACCUUUCAAGAAAAGAGUAGUUGAAGAUUAUGAAUAUCAAGAAUAUGUGAGAAAAUAAGAAGAAGAUUAUUAAUUAAUUAAAGAAGAAGAAGAAGAUUUAUUAAAACAAUCUCAAAUAGGAGAAUCAAAUGUUUAAGAUAUAAUGAAUUUACAAGAUGAUGUACCUAUCUAUAGACCUACUACAUUUGGAGGUGGUUUAUAAAUAGGUUAAGAUAUACCAAAUUAAUAAUUAUAAUAAUCUCACUUUUCUAAUUAAAGCAAUAUGAUUAUUGAAUAGUUUCCUAAGGAAGAAUAAGUUCCAGAGGAAUAAAUACCAGUACGUGUCACAAGACCUAUGGAUAAUGAGAAUGCUGGUGAAAAUAAUCCUAUUUAAUCUAAUCGUAAUCUUUAGAGUCAUUAAUCAAGAAGAGAAUCCUAAUAACAAAAUGAUAGAGUUGAUAUAUAAGGCAAUUAAAAUUAAUAAUAGAUGGAUUAAAGAAGUUUAUCCUAAUAAUAGUAAGUUGGAUAAGCAAUACCUCAAUCUAAAAGAGGAUCAUAAUAGUAAGUAGAAAUUGAAUAAAGAAAUCAAUCAAUUUCAUAAUAAUAAUAAUAAUAAUAAUAAUAAUAAUAAUAAUAAUAAUAAUAAUAAUAAUAAUAAUAAUAAUAAUAAUAAUAAUAAUAAUAAUAAUAAUAAUAAUAAUAAUAAUAAAGAAAAGAAUCUUAAUAAUAAAUUAAUAAUGUUAAUGAAUAAUAAUCAUAAUAAUCAAGAAGGUAAUCAUAAUAAUAAUAAUUACUAUAAAAAUAACAAUCACAAUAAUAAAUAGAAUAACAAUAAGAAAUUUAACUUUAAAAACAAUAAUCUCGUCGAUAAUCUGAAUAAUAAUAACCCAGAUCAAAAUAAUAAUCUAUACAAAAAGAUAAUGAUUUAUAAUAGAGAAGAUAAUCAUAAUAGUAAUAAUUAGAGAAAUAAUAAUCUAAUCAACUUGGAUAAUCUUAAGAUUUCUAAAAAAAAUAACCAUCCAUUCCAAUAUCUCCAAUUCAAAAUAGAAAUGGAUAUAGUUAAGGUAGUCAAUAAUAAAUUGAAGAUUUUAACUUUUAAGGUAAUUUAGAUGAAUCAAGAAUAGUACCUUCAGAACCAAAGUCAAAAAAUAUGAAUGAUUAAUAAUAAAUGAAAAUAGGAUAAAGAGUUAUUUAACCACCUAUUUAAGGAUCUUAAAGAAGCAUAAGAAUGUUAAGUUAAGUUGAUUAAAGAAUAGUUUUUGAAGCUGAAUAACAUGUCAAAAAUUAAGCUGAAUUAAGUCGUAGACAAUCAUAAUAAAUAUAAGAAGUAUAAGCAGUAUAACCAUAAAUGAAUUUAUCUGAAUAACUCUAAUAAUUACCUCAAUAAUAAUAACCUAUUAAGACAUUAUAAGUUCCAACUGAUUUAUCCUUUUCCAAAGCAUCAAAAGUAUCUUCAAAAGCAUUAUCAGUUAAUUCUGGUCCCAAAGAUAAUAUGGAUGCUGUAAAGAAGCCAAAAUAAAAAAAUAAGAAAAUGCUUAAAGGUUCUAAAAAAGCUAAGUUAUUUGGAUUUGCUGCCUUAUUACCAAAAAAGAAAAAAACUAGUGAUAUAGAAACAUAUGAAGAUUUUGAUACAGAUCCAGGAGAAGAUUUAGAUGUAACACCUGAAUGGUUGAAGGGUAGAAAAUUCUUACCUGAUGAUUUGGAAGAUAAAAUGAAAACUAGUAAGAAAUUUCUAAAAUACACUAUUAUGACAGGUUAGAGUAGAGGUAAAGAUACAUAAUUUUUAACUGAUAAAAAUGGACCUUCAAGAGUAUGUGAUUUCAAAUGUUUGUUUUUAGAAGUAAAGCCUGGAUAGGAUAUUGAAAAAAAGAAAGAAAUGUAUAUAAAAAUGAUGAGACCAAAAUAAUAUGUAUGUAGGUUAUAUUUUUUAUCAGGAAUUGAUAUUUAAAGUGGAGGAGAUGAACCACCUGAUUUAUAUAUAAAAGUAAGAACUGCAACAAAGGAACAUGAUUUAAAAAUGAUAUCAUUAAGAUAGAGUACAAAUAAUCCAUAAUUCUAUUUUCCAUUUGAAUUAUAAAUGGAAGUACCAGGAUCAGCUAUAGUAGAGGUUGAAAUUUGGAGUGUUUAAUCAAUUGGUGAUGAAUUAGUGGGAACAUCAUUGAUUGAUUUGGAAGAUAGAUAUUUUUCUGUAAUGUGGCAUUAAUUUGAAAAGAAACCAAUAGAGAAUAGAAAUAUUAAAGAUGAAUUUGGAUCUUCAGUAGGUAGAUUACAAUUAUGGAUAGAUUUGGUUGAAAAAGCUUAUGCAAAAAAAGAUCCAUUAAUUAAAAUUACUGCACCACCUCGCUAUUAAUUUGAAUUAAGAGUAAUUAUUUUUGAAACAAGAAAUUGUGUAUUCAAAGAUGAAUUAGAAAAAUGCAAUGAUUUAUAUUGUAAAGCAGGAAUAGCUAAUUAAGAAUUAUAAGAAACAGAUGUUCAUUGGAGAUGUAGAGCAAAAGGAUCUUUUAAUUGGAGAAUCAAGAAUAAAGUUACAUAUCCAUCACUUCCAGAUGAAUUCGGAACUGACAAAUUUAAAAUUUAAUUAUGGGAUAAGGAUAUAGUUGGAUCAGAUGAAUUAAUAGGAGAAACAACAUUCAAUUUGAAUACACAUAAAAUGAUUGAAAAAGCUGUAAAGAGACUUCAAGCAACAUCUAUAAAUUAAAGAAUUAGAGAAAAAGGUGGUGUAAUAACUGAUAGACUUUGGGUAAAUAUAAAAAUAUAUUAAUUACUAGUUAGAUGUAUAUCAUCCAGAUGCAGUAGAUGAAGAAGGAUAGAAAAUAUCAUAAGGAUAAGUUUUGUGUUCUUUUGAAUUAUUGCCUCUUACAGAUGCUGAAAAAAAACCAAAUGGAUAUGGUAGAGAUCCUCCUAAUGUGUUCCCUCCAUUGAAUGAACCUACAGGUCGAUUAUCUUUCGAUAUCACUAAUCCACUUGGUUUUAUUAAGGAGAUUAUGGGUAAUUUACUAAUAUUAUUUAAGGUCCUGAUUUAUAUGAUAAAAUAUGUAAAUUCCUUUUAACUGCUCUACUUCUAACUGUUGGUGUUACUGUAGGAUGGAUAUUUUUAGGUCCUUUGAUUGCUAAUGUUGUUGUGAAGUGA